AUGGAUGGUGCUGACAGCAGUGAACAAAGCAUCCCGCCAAUGAAAAGGUUCAAACGAGAUGAGCUCGCUGAUCCCACCAAUCCAGAACCAUCUCUGGUAGUCCAUGUUCGAAACUUGAACCCAAGAUCAGGAAUACAUUCAGUAAGCCGUUCGACAGGUGCAACUUCGUCAGGGAGUGAUUGGUAUCAAGUCAAGAUUAUGCUGCAUCAUGAUCCUCGUGGCCAAAUGGGUCCGAAGAACGCUCCUCCUGAUCAUGUCCAAAUCCUGAAACAAAUGCCGGAAGUCAAUCCAACCGAGCCAAGCUCCGAACACAAACUUGAGAAGAGGGACGUCAUCCCCAUUGUUCCCCCGCCAAUGCAACCUGUUGAGGUCACGUCGGCCUAUUAAUGACUUGUUAUUACUUCGUUACAUAAAUUUUUGUUAUUGUUGUUGCACACUGAGAAGGGG